AUGUCUGAUAGAUACUACUCAACGGGGCGCGGUGGAGCAGGCAACCUCCAGCAUGGCAAGCCUGUUGAGCACGACGAGCAAGAAAUUCCACAUUUGACCCAGAAGGUAUUCACAACCGGCCGAGGCGGAGCGGGCAACAUGGCCACCAACUCCGAUCCGCAGGUCUCGCGUACGUUGCAAGACGUAGAAGACCUUGAUCUCGCACCGAUUGCUUCUCCCACUAUUGGCCGUGGUGGCUAUGGAAAUGUCCGAGCAGGCCAGCAGGCAUCUGCGAACCUGUUUUCCAAGGCGAAAGGUCUCUUCAAAAAGCGACACUCGGACACGCCGAAAGAAGAGUCUAGCGAGGCACCCGCCGCCAAAUGA